CGCUGCCCGCCCCUCCCGAGGCUGCCCCGGCCGAGCCGCGCCGAGCCCAGCCCAGCCCAGCCCAGCCCAGCCGAGGGGAGCGGAGCGGAGCGAAGCGGCGCCGCGGGAAGAUGGCGAAGACGUACGACUAUCUGUUCAAGCUGCUGCUCAUCGGCGACUCGGGCGUGGGCAAGACGUGCCUGCUCUUCCGCUUCUCCGAGGACGCCUUCAACACCACCUUCAUCUCCACCAUCGGAAUUGACUUUAAGAUCAGAACAAUAGAAUUAGAUGGAAAGAAAAUCAAGCUACAAAUAUGGGAUACAGCAGGCCAGGAGAGAUUCCGCACGAUCACAACAGCUUACUACAGAGGAGCCAUGGGAAUUAUGCUGGUGUAUGACAUAACAAAUGAGAAGUCUUUUGACAACAUAAAAAACUGGAUAAGAAACAUUGAGGAGCAUGCCUCUUCAGAUGUAGAAAGAAUGAUCCUGGGUAACAAAUGUGAUAUGAAUGAAAAAAGACAAGUCUCAAAAGAAAAAGGAGAGAAGUUAGCAAUUGAUUAUGGAAUCAAAUUUUUGGAGACAAGUGCAAAAUCCAGCAUAAAUGUGGAAGAGGCUUUUUUCACGCUUGCACGGGACAUUAUGACAAAGCUCAACAGAAAAAUGAAUGACAACAGUUCGUCAGGGGCAGGUGGGCCAGUAAAAAUAACAGAAAAUCGAUCUAAGAAGAGCAGCUUCUUUCGAUGCACGCUACUUUGAUGAACUUCUAAUGAUAGACUGCAGCACACUUAGAACCUUUUCUGCUUCUUUGAAAGCACAGGGUCACAAAGCCUCAGAAAUAAUACCACCAAGCUGCUGCUGAGAGCUCCAUUGAACGUAGACUGCGAUACACAAAAUACCAAGUGGAUUUUGCUCACUAAGCCUAUUGACCUGUCAGGCUACUCUUUCUCAGAUAUGGAAGCUAUGAAGUGGAGACACAAAUGCAAGAGUUAACUUGUUUUCCUUUUUUACUUUCUGUUUUACUGCCUGUUGCAAAAGCUGCUAUGUUUCUUUUAACUUUGCACAUCCAUAUUAGCCUCUUACUGCCUGUUACAGCACAAUCUUACAUUUGUAUUUGCACAGUUUGACUUGUAAGUAAGAUUCUUAACAGAUUUGUGCAGGUUUUUCCCUUAUUUUUUUAAACAAAUUUAUUAUUUUAAAGCAGAACAGCCGUGGGACAGAAAGUCUCACUUCCAUUAUUUUCCUUGCUGUAUAUUUACGGCCAUGACUGCAGUAUGGAUGUUGUCACUCUUAAUGAUGAGAAUUACUCUAACAAUUGACAUUUAAUAAUUUGUAUGGGUUUUUUCUCUUAGAUGCACAAAUCUGUUCAUGCAGAAGCCAUGGCUUGUAUUCUGAAUGUAGUAUGUUGCUUUUCUUUCUUUACCAGACUUAGCAAAGUUGUGUUCUGAAUUGCCAGUCACUGUCUGAUUUCACAUAUGCACCUUUCAGUUAUUUUAAUAAACACAGUGUCUUUCCUCACUUAACUUCCUUUGGUAGCUCAAACUGUCUGCACCUUUUUUGUUUCUGAUGAGGAAGUGCACUCUGGAGUUGAAGUCAUCAUCACAAAUUGGCCUCAUCACUAUCACUUAAGUGGCUUGUGGAACCUGAAUGCAUGAGUUUUGAAUAAUUGCUUUGUGGAUUCAUUUGCUCAGAAAUGACUGCUCUAAAGGUGACUUUGAUUUCUAGUGUAAUACUAAGGAUAGUCUGUUAAUGUCUGUAAGUAUUGGCCCUUGGCAACAGAGGUAUCCAAAAGCUAGCUUCCUGUGCAGUUACUGAAGUUUUUCAAGUUCUGGCACUGUGGAAAAUGUCACACUAGGGCUAUAAUGUAAUAUUAGUUAUGUAGUUUAUUCUGAAUGUAUGAAGCCCUCUUUGGUCUGCUCAAGCAGUUAAACUUUUUUCAUCACGAACUGGUACAGUGACCUGGACUGUUAGAAGCAGAGUUGAAACUUAGUUGCCUUUUCUACUCAACUGAGCAUUGUAUAACCUAGUCUUUGUUCUACUACUUUUUUAUUGUCUUCUGAAAAAUUUCCUCAAUGAGUGAUUAAAACAGGUGCUUUAGUUCUGUUCAUGUGCCAAACUUGGACCAUUGUAAGCUUUAACUACAAGUUUGUGUCCAGUAUGUUUGUUAUUAGGGGAUAGGUGGAUUCUGUCAUUGUCCGAGUAAUGUCUCUGACGUGUUUGCUUUUGCUUCACUGCGUUAUCUCAAGUUGCAUACAGUGAAUUGGUUGCUACUGCAGAUAACUGCUUCAUUUGUGGUGUCAGAUGCUGAAUUUGUCAUCUUGGGUCCGUUAGAAAUACUUUGAAAGUGAACAGGCCAAGAGCAUUAGAUGUGAAGACUUUUGAUUUGAAAAUAUUUAAUGUUAGUAGCUGGUUCCAUAAAGUUUUGGGUGGUUAACAACCUGUCGCCACAUUUAGUUUCAUGGAAAUAGUUACUUUAAUUAGAUGGUGAAUCUCAACCUUCUGUUGCUGCACUUAAAAUAAAUAAAUAAAAAAUAAAGAAAAAAAUCAUAAUGGCAACAAGGUUUAGUGGAAAAACAAAGCAACCCUAACUGCUCAGUUGUCUACCCUUGAUGUUUUUCUUGGACAGGCUAAAGCAGUUAUGCUUUCUGUAUGGUUUAAAAAAAAAGUGCUUCUAUACAGAAAGUGUUGUGACACCAAUUAUGAAUGUUGUUUAUUUUCAGUAAUUUACCUCUGACUUAGUUGGUGUCGUAAUACUUUGAUUUUUAUCUCAGGGGUUGUCUGCAAACCAAAACUGACAUGUUCUGUGUUUGGCACCGUUUACAGAAUGCUUUGUGUUGUUUUUCCUGUCUUCACUGUGUGGUUAAAUGUAUGUUCAAUAUUAGUCUCCAUGAACUUCCCUUUGAAAGAGCCUGUAAGUAGUAGAGUCUAUGAAGUGCUUCUUGAAGCAGCAGCGAAUUGGGGUAUCUGUUCUGUAUUGGGGGUGGGAGGGGAACUUGCUAUUUUCUUACAUUUAGCUGUGCUAAACUGUACAUAAAUGUGAGGUAAGACCAUAGGAAAUUCACUUUAUGCAUGAUAAAAAGAUGCAGUAAAUAUUUCACUUUGCUUAAUGUUCAUGUAAAGUUCAUCUUUUUCUAUUUGUAGAAGAAUUUAGUGCAAUUUUGUUGUCCCCUGCUGAAACUGAAGAAUUCUAAUUUCAUGUGGUCUUAUGGAUAAGGUAAAACGCAGAUUUCUCUCUCUGUUUUGCCCCCACCCCUGUUCUCCAGCAGUAUUAAAUGGCUGAGUGGCUGCACUUUAUCAGUGUGCUAACUUUUGGUCAAUAUAGACCUAUUUCUGUGUACAGUCUGCUUUGUCAGACAGAAAACUGUGCUGUAUCUUAGCGUGCAAAUCAGCUGUAUGUUUUACUGGGAUUUUUUAGCUAUAUUUUGCUUUAGACAAGCGGGUGAUGAUAAAUGGUAUGUUUUGCCUAGGCAUCAGAUGCUGGGUACUACAGGCUUUUCUAAUAUCAGUAUGAUUGUUUUGUGCAGUCUCUGUUGCUACAUUGCUCAAGUCUAUAUAACCUAAAUUUUGAAGGACUCAACUAUACCUCAGUCAACUAGUUAGUAUUUUCAUGUUCAUUAGAGUGAAAGUCAGAAUUAUUCAUUAAGCAGCAAAUGUAUUUCUGUUUUGAUCCAGAAAUCGCCAUUAACCUUUUUAGGAAAGGCAGGUGUUUUUGAUGGAUUUUGAUAAAAAGAAAAACACACUGCUUAUGCUGUUUUUUUUUUUUUUUUUUUUUUUUUUGAAAUAUUUCUUUCCCCAUGCCUGUGCACUAUAUCUUGACCAAUAUUUUUCAAAGUGGUUCAAAAAGAAGAGAGAACCCGGUGUCAGUGCUUUGCAAUUUUAGCUUUGUCUGCUCAGCAAAACAUGCACAAGAAGUUUUUGUUGAGUGUAUAUAGAAUAUUUGAAUUACUUACUGUCUGGAAGUUCUAUUAUUGUAAUUGCUUAAACCACUCUUAAAACCCAACAUAGCUGACUUUUCUACUUGGGGGACAGUCUCAAAAAUGCUAAUUGACGUUUCAGACUUGUAGUUGUAGGGUGUUGUUUGUUGGUUUUUAUUUUUGUUUUUUCAUUAAGUAUUUUCCAUUGUAAGUACAUUUCCCAUUCUAGUCUGCUGAAGUUGAAUUAAGUCAUUUUCACAAGUGAAAGGAGUCUUGAAUAUACUUAUUGCAUUAAAAUAUUGUGAAUGGAUAAUGAUUUGAAAGUACAUGAAUGAUAUGUAAAAUGCAUAAAUGUUAUUUGUGGAAAUACACCUGUUAUUUGGUUAUAUAUUAAUGUAACUGAAAUUUUGCAACGUUGAGGAUUGAUUGGUCUGUAGGUGAUAGAUUUUUUUUUUCUCCAUUCACUGAACUGCUUAUGCCAUUCUCAUUCUUAUAAAUAAAAUUUGUAUUUCUCUCUUCCACAAAAGCAGGAUUUCCAUUGAUUUUUCUUGUUUCUGGCAAAUUUAAGUAUUUUAGUGCAUUCCUAUGGCCUUACAAACAUUUUUGCAAAUAAAACUUCAAUUACAGUUAUUUUAAUGCAAUGUAGCUACUAAAUUCAGACUAGAAAGUAUAGCCCUUGAGAAAAUGCUUAAUUUUGAAAUAGAAUUGUUCUACUGUGUGUGUUUAAGCACAUUUUUAUCUUUGGUCAAAGGUGUAAUGUGAAAAGCUCCUGCAGAUAAAGUGAUCUUGUCAUGUGAUUAACCUGUAAGCCUAAUCAUUAAUUGUGUUUUGACGUGUAUAGAUGAAAAAAAUAAUCCUUCCCUCUCCAAAAAAAAAAAAAAACACACUUCAAAUUCCAAUGGUUUUAUUAUUCCAUGUGAAUUUUUUUUUUACAAUAACAUGUCUCAAAUAAAAGUUAAAUAAUUAAAAGUUAUUUGGAGUAUUUUGUAUGAAAUAUUCCACGUAGUUUUUAGAUGGUUGUCAUUUCCACUCUAUUUUCAACAUAUCUGUUGUGGAAAGGUGUCCAGCUGAGUUGUAUAUGUAAAGCUGUGUUUAACUUCAGUGUUAAACCACAGGUAUUUUUUGUAUGGCUUUCCUUAUACCUAAACUUCUGUUCUUCAAGUGUAUCUGAAAUGUCCCUUAUUCCUGUAGUGAUCACUUUUCAUAGAAAUUAAAUCUAUUAUUUCAAUGACCUUAUGCAUGCUUCAUAAUGAACAAUUUUUUCCAGUGUGUCAUGUAAAGUUACUUCCCAAGUACCUCCUGAGCAGCACCAGCAAAGAUACCUUGAGAAACAGUCUCCAGUUUGACUAAGAAUUAUGUAGUCACUUAAGCUGUUAAAUCUUUUUUUUUUUUUUUUUUUUUUGUAGAAGGUAAGAUCUUACUUUUAAGUAACCUGAGGCGCAAAUGUCAUUAAUACAUUAAAUAUUGUUUGUCCAGCUUCAUUCAAAACCAUAUAGAGAGGGAUUUAACAGAAAUGUUUGCAAUUAUAUUCACAAUAGUUCUUGACUUGUAAAUUAGUGUGGUUUGGAAGGAAGUCACAAUUGGUAUGAAAAUUUAGAGAAGUUAAGGAAAGAAUGGUUUUGUCUACUCAAGACCAAAGUUGAUUAAUGGUUGAGAUGCCCAAUUGGGCACACCGAAAUAUAUAGGAGUAGUACUUCACCAUGGAUUACAAGUAGCUUCUAAAAUUUUUGCUUUUUACAUGUUCCUGUAGUAAACUUCAUUUAGCUGAAAGGAUGUAUCACAUCUUUUUACCUCCAAUAAGAGCAAGCUGUAGAUGCCUAUCCUUACUUUGUUUUCUUUAAUCAGACUGCUUCUGGUAGACAAGUUUUGCUUUUUUAGGACAAACUGUUCAAACACUGUCUUGCAAAUCCUCUUUAUCUGAACUGGUUCUAGAUACUUGGCAGUCCUAAAAUUACUUCUGUGAGUCCUUCAGUUCUCACAGAAAUCAGUGGCAUGCAUCUACAUCUCAGUAACAUUUAAUAUAGAUUUGUGUUCUCCACCUGUUAAAGGGAAAUAUCAAGCAUACUUACACUGCACAAAACUGGUGAUUUAUUACAGUUCCUGCAUCUAUUUUUGAUUGUAGACUAGGAGUUACCAUAAAAGUAGUUCUAGCACACUUACAGACUAGGGGCAAGUUGUUGGUAUACAUGUAGAACCUAUCCAGUUUUUAUAAUUCAGUAAAUUGCUUUUUUCUAACUUAGUUGACUAGUGGCUCUUCAGAUUUCCUGAGUUAUAUCAAGGUCAUCAACACAAUAUAAUAUUAGACUCCUUUUUAAAGAAAUUAUUUAUAAUCAUUGGAUGCAUACAUAAAGCUUUUAUGUUGCAUAAUAUUCUUGCCAUCUAGUGGUUUAAAGAAAGGUCAUGGAAGUAUGCAGAGAAUUUUUAAUGUUCUAGGAUAUUUCAUUGUUUCUUCAUUUUUAUUUUUUACUCUGUCUUCAGAGCACAUGAGCAUUAAACUUCUGGUAUGAAUUAGAGUUAACAUAUCCUCUGAGCAAAUGCUUAGUGCAUAUUAUUCCUUCAGUCUGAAAAACAGUUUUAAAUUUUAAGCAGGAUAUAAGCAUUUCCCUCAUCCGAGGAAUUAACACGUUUAAUGAAUUGUGGAAAAUGAGCAAAAAACACUAAUAUUGGAUAUGUUGCAUUGACUUCAAUUCUGUAAAAAUUAUGUACAAACUCAGUAAUUGUUCAGCAUUUCACUCUUACUUAGUAUUAAACAUCUUGCUUGAGGAGAUGACUGAGAUGACUUUCUGCAGUUAGAACUUGUGGCACUGUUCCAAAGGGGUGUCCAAAAUACACAGCAGUAACUGGAAUCCCCAGGCCUUUCAUUUGGCAGUGGUCUCUGAGACUGAGGUAGUAAAAGAUAUUAGUGAUAGAUGAACUUGUUUCAAAAUUGCUUUUAAUUUUUUGGGGAAAGUGUCACUGUGGCCACCAACUUUUCUGACUUGAUUAGACACCUUUUGUGAAACAGCAUAGAAAAGAUUACACUGCUGUAAAUGUACUUACCUCGUGACAGAAAAUGGCAAACUCAAGAACUGCUACGCUGGCACCUUUCUCAACUGCUACGUUCAUGACUGGAGACAGUUUUCAGCACCAUUUCAUGUACCACUGGCAAUGUGCUCAUCUCGAAGCUCAUCUCUAAAGAAAACAAUAUUUAGCCAAUUAUUUAUGGUUUACUUGUAGCUAUGUUAAUACAUUUUUUUAAAAGGAAAAGUUGAAUGUUUAUUUUCAAGACUGUUUUCAAAUCUCUAGGGUUACUUUUCCUUUUUUUUUUUUUUUUU